UAAAGAACUGUUUAAUAUGCUCUGAUUACACGAGAAUUUUUGAUGUGUAUCUAAUGCAUUUUAUCUCAUUCAGGUCAUAAUUUUGUAAAAUAAUAAUAUUCAAUAUAUUUAUUAAGGAGAAAAGUUAGGUAAAGUAAACAUAAAAUUAAGUAAUUUUUUUAAUUAUAUCUGAAAUAUUAAAUUAAAUACAAUUAAAAAAUAAUAACUUUUAUAAUUACAUAAAAAAUGCUUAAAUUAAAAAACAAAAGACAUUUUUUAACAAAAAGAAAAUCAAUUACAAAAAUAUUUAUUUAUAUAAUGCGAAUCAUUAAAAAUAGUAUUUUAUUUAUUUAUAACUCUAACGAUAUUAAUUUUAAAAGUAAAUGA